AUGUCGGGGAAAAUGACAUUGUACAAGUUGGUGGUCCUGGGUGAUGGAGGUGUUGGAAAAACUGCUUUAACUAUUCAGCUUUGCCUGAACCACUUCGUUGAAACCUAUGAUCCCACUAUCGAGGACUCGUAUCGCAAGCAAGUCGUCAUUGACCAACAGUCGUGUAUGCUCGAGGUGUUGGACACAGCCGGCCAGGAGGAAUACACCGCACUGCGGGACCAGUGGAUCCGAGAUGGCGAAGGCUUCGUCUUGGUCUACAGCAUCACUUCACGCGCCUCCUUUUCGCGCAUCACAAAGUUCUACAACCAAAUCAAGAUGGUCAAGGAGUCAUCAAGCUCCGGCUCCCCAUCCGGCCCCAGUUACCUAGGCUCUCCCAUGCAAUCCUCCGCGGGCCCAUCCCGACCCGUACCCGUGAUGUUAGUUGGUAACAAGAGUGACAAGGCUGUCGAGCGCGCAGUCUCCGCACAAGAAGGUCAAGCACUGGCCAAGGAAUUAGGCUGCGAAUUCGUCGAGGCCUCCGCCAAGAACUGUAUCAAUGUUGAAAAAGCUUUCUAUGAUGUUGUCCGUAUGCUCCGACAGCAGCGCCAACAGCAGCCGGGCGGCCGGGGCCAAGACCGCCGCCAAACACGCGACCGCGAUGCCGGCCCCGAGUACCCAAAGUCCUUCCGUCCAGAUCGGACUCGACAUCGCAGCCGAUUGCAGUGCAAUAUUCUGUGA